CGAAGGACAUGCGCUCCAGGAUCGGCGGGCUGGCCCUGACCGUCUGGACCGCGGGUGUCCUUUGCCUCGUCCUCAAAGCCGGCGCCAUGGCCGUCCCUCAGGCAAGGGAGCUGCCGACGCUCAGGGACGUCCAGUUCUGGAACAAGCCUCCCGUGCAUUCGAGGAACGAGCAGUGUCCCCAGGGCGAAGACACUGUGACGUUCGAAAAGAUGGUCGCCGUGAAGCCCGGCUCGCGUCGACUGUCGCCCAUGUUCGCGCCGCGCGAGGACUUCCGCUCGCGGGGCGCCGUGACGCUGGACUGCCUGCGGCGCUGCCAGGCGUCGCCCCGCUGCCUGGGCGUGGUGGUCAACUACGAUCACAACGCGUGCUUCGCGGCCACCGCGCUGGACGACGAGGACGUGGCCAACACGCUCAGCUCGGCGGCCGACCAGCCGCCCCUGGUGCCGGCAUCGGACCGCUCAAACUACUUCGCCAAGAUGUGCGUCCACGGUCCGGCGUGCGACAAGGACUGGGUGAUGGAGCGCGUGCCCGACAAGGAGCUUCGCGGCUUCGACGACCGCGUGGUGUCCGGCGUGCCCAGCUGCCAGCGCUGCCAGGAGCUGUGCCUGCACGAGUCCUCGUUCCCCUGUCGCUCGGGCGAGUUCGACGGCCGCGCCAGGGAGUGCCGCCUCAGCUCGCAGGACAGGCGCUCCCAGCCGAGUUCGUUCGGUCCGGCGCAGGGACCGCACGUGCACUACUUCGAGAACCUCUGCCUGCCGCCGUCCUCGGGGCAAGCGUCCAACUGCGACUUCGAGCUGCACAAGGACGUGGACCUGCGGCGUGCCGACCAGGUUCGCAGCGCCUUCAGCGCCGACCAGUGCCGCUCGCUGUGCGAGACGAGCCGCGAGUUCACGUGUCGCAGCUACAGCUUCGCGCCGGCCGCGGGCGUGUGCGCCAUGUCCGGCGACGACACCGUCAGCCUCGGAGGGUUCGCGCUCCGCAUGACGCCCGGCGUCGGCUACUACCAGAGGCCCGCCUGUCCAGAGCCCGUGCAGUUGUCGUGCACGCGGGAGUCGAUGGCGCUCACCCUGCACACCAAGGAUCCGUUCGCGGGAAGGAUCUACCCGCGAGACGAGACCGCCGGCUGCGACAUCCAAGGACGCGGAUCUCGGGAGACCACGCUCGUCAUGGGCCUCAUGGAUCGGCGGUGCGGAGUGUCCGAGGAUGACCGCGGCCGGUUCACGAGCACCAUCGUGAUCCAGCAGCAUCCGGUCAUUCAGCAGAAGGGUGACAGGAUCGUCAAGCUGUUCUGCAUCUUCGACACCGGCAACCGCACGGUCACCAACACCUACAAGGUUCUCGUGGGAGGCGUGGGUCCUGCGAGCCGCGUGCCGGGCGUGGUGAACGCGACCGCCCCGUCGCCCAACGUGCGCCUUCGCAUCACGGACAGAGCCGGCGUGGACGUGGCAGGCGCGAAGCUAGGCGACGAGCUCUUCUUGCGAAUCGAGAUGGACGGAGACAGCGUCUUCGGACUGUUCGCGAGGAACCUGGUGGCGACAAGUGGCCAGAACGACGACUCCAUCGUCCUCAUCGACAGUUCUGGCUGUCCUACGGACAGAAACAUCUUCCCAGCUCUGGAGAAGUUGCCCGGAGACAAGACAAGGACGCUGCAGAGCCGGUUUGAAGCCUUCAAGUUCGCCGACGACGUUGUUGUACGCUUUCAGGUGACGGUGCAGUUCUGCCUGCACGAAUGCGCGCCAGCCACGUGCGCCACUGGCGGGGCUCGGUCCUUCGGCAAACGUCGGAGGCGACGGCGCAUGUACUUCCAGCCGCUGGGCCUCCAGAGGCGCAUGAGCCGCAGGUCGGCCGUCGCUACUACGCGAGCGUCCCCGACCUCCGGCGCAGCUGCCUCGAACGCGACGCCGCCGGCGGCGGCGAGCAGCGCCAGGGCUGGCGGCGUCAAGAAGCACAUACUGCCUACCAUGCCGCUUCCCGAGUACCCGCUGCAGAGGGAGAUCAUCGUGCAGGGCAUCGGAGGGGGCGCCACCGACUCGGGCGUCUUCAGCAGUCGGGACCGAACGUCCAGGAGCGACUCGCGCAUGGUCUGCGCCACGCCCAGCGUCCUGACCGCGGCCGUGGUGGCUGCGUUCCUCGUUCAGCUGGCCCUGAUCGCCGCUUGCCUGUCGUGCGUGGCUCUGGCCCGGCGAGCGGCGAGAAGCGCAGGGGACACAUGGACGACGACGAAGACGACGAGGAGGCUGCGGCGGCGACGACGGCGACGUCGUCCAGUAGAGCGACGUCACUGCGGGCGCCACCGCCACGCCGUGUCUGGACGUCGUCCUUCCGAUGACCUGAGGAGUUCGCGCCCCACAGUGGACGUUGGCACGAGCGAGCGUGGGCACCUUGAAUACCAUCUCGGGUGCUGCGAGGAGCACUGGCACGGCGAGUGCCAGGUGCCUGGGGCCAGAAAAGAGUGGCGUAGCGCGGGCUGAACUUCGCCCGAUUUCUCAAAAACCCAUAUGAAUAUUUCUUGAAGAUAGGG